AUGAACCAAUCAAUUCGCGUCACACCACAUUGUACAUAUUCGGGUGCUGUGGUGAAAACCGCAUUGGGUGAUCAAAAGAUCGCCCUGAACCGCGAGCAUAAGCGGUAUCAAAAUCCUGCUAUAGCAUCGUGUCAACAUAUUCGUGCAUUACUUGAUAUUGUCGGCGAAAGAGACCAUAACUUAGAAAUUGAUGAGACCGAACCUCUCAGUCUUAUCCUUGAAUGA